AUGGACUCAACUUGUUCUGAAAAGGAAGAUUUACAGUACUGCUUUGAGCACAUUAAUGGAUCUUGUUAUAAAACAGUCUGGUCUUUUCCAUUCCAAGUAACGUUGUUCUUUGUCUUUGGAUUUCUGACAAUUCUUACCAUAGGAGGAAAUCUAAUGGUAAUUAUUUCAAUUGCUUAUUUCAAGCAGCUUCACUCUCCUACUAAUUUUUUAAUUGCCUCCUUGGCUUGCGCUGACUUUGGCUUGGGUUUGACAGUGCUGCCUUUCAGCACUAUAAGAUCUGUUGAAACUUGCUGGUAUUUUGGGGAAUUUUUUUGCAGAUUCCACAGCUGUUUAGAUGCAUUUUUUUGUUAUGCAUCAAUAUUUCACUUAUGUGUCAUCUCCAUCGAUCAGUAUGUUGCUGUUACUGAUCCUUUAAUUUAUCCCUUAAAGUUCACCAUGCUUGUUUCAAGAAUGUUUGCAGCUGCUGCCUGGACAUUUUCAAUAGUGUACAGUUUCUCUGUAGUCUUUACUGGAGCCAAUGAUGAAGGGCUACAAGAAUUAGUGAAAGCUCUCACCUGUGUAGGAAGCUGUCAGCUUGUUUUCAACAAGACCUGGGUGUUCAUUUCAUCUCUUCUUUAUUUCAUACCUUUCUUUACAAUGAUAGUACUUAACAGCAAGAUCUUCAGUGUAGCUAAAAGACAAGCUAGAUUGAUAGAGAGUGUGAGCAACAAAACACAGUCCUCAGAUAAUUACAGUAACCGAGUGGGGAAAAGAGAGAGAAAAGCUGCUAAAACACUGGGCAUAGCUGUGAUUGCUUUCCUCAUAUUCUGGUCACCCUAUUUUAUGACUGUAAUAAUUGAUGCCUUCCUUAACUUUAUAACUCCACCAGUUGCCUUUGAUAUUAUGGUUUGGGUUGCUUAUUCUAACUCUGCCAUUAACCCUUUGAUUUACUCUUUUUUUUAUCCUUGGUUUCGCAAAGCAAUGAAAGUGAUUGUUAGUUGUAAAAUCUUGAAACUUGACUGUUCAACCAUGAACUUAUUUUCAGAAUGA